CGGUCUGAUCUGCAGCGACGUGAUGACGCAGGGUCCCAACAGGAAGUGGAGGGCAGCACGUUGCGCGGUGACUUCGUGUCAGCUGUGAAUCUGCUGUUGAUGCCGGAGGACAGAUUCUUCAAGAUGGCAGCAGGCAGGCUGAGCUUCAGGAACAUCACCGCCCUGGCUCCGAUGGUGCGGGUCGGGACUCUGCCCAUGAGGCUGCUGGCUCUGGACUACGGAGCCGAUGUGGUUUACUGCGAGGAGCUGAUUGACAUCAAGAUGGCCCAGUGUCACCGGGUGGUGAACGAGGUGCUGCACACGGUGGAUUUCGUGGCUCCAGAUGAUCGAGUGGUGUUCAGGACCUGUGAGAAGGAGAAGGGCCGAGUCGUCUUCCAGAUGGGGACGGCCGAUCCGGACCGAGCGCUGACCGUGGCUCGACUUGUGGAGAAGGACGUGGCCGCCGUGGACGUGAAUAUGGGCUGUCCGAAGGAAUACUCCACUAAGGGCGGGAUGGGAGCUGCUCUCCUGAGCGACCCUGACAAGAUCGAGGCGAUCCUCAGGAAACUGGUCUCAGGCGUGUCCAUCCCAGUGACCUGUAAGAUCCGGAUCCUUCCUUCGUUGGAGGAAACGAUCCGAUUGGUUCAGAGGAUCGAGAGGACGGGCGUCACUGCUGUCGCCGUCCACGGCCGGUUGAAGGAGGAGCGUCAGAGACACCCCCUCCACUGUGACUACAUCCAGGCCGUCGCUCGGGCUGUCUCCAUCCCCGUCAUCGCCAAUGGAGGUUCUCUGGACCUGGUGAAGACCAACGCCGACAUCGAGGAGUUCCGGAGGGCGACCGGCGCCUCCUCCGUCAUGCUGGCUCGAGCCGCCAUGUGGAACCCGUCGGUGUUCGCCAGCCAGGGACCACUUCCUGUGGAGGGGGUCAUGGAGGAGUACCUCAAAUACGCGAUCGAGUUCGACAACCACGCCUUCAACACCAAGUACUGUCUGUGUCAGAUGCUGAGGGACAAGGUGGAGUCUCCUCUGGGGAAGCAGCUGCAGGCGGCUCAGAGCAGCGCUGAGAUCAGCGCGGCGUACGGCCUGCAGGAGUUCUACCAGCAGACGCAGGAGCGGCUGCAGACCAGGAGGGCGGCGCUGCAGAGCGGCAGCGAGCCCGACCGGCCCGUCGUGGACGGAGACCUCACCACCAUGGCCGUCAAGUUCGAACGGAGGGAGUAUCCACCUCAGAUCACUCCGAAGAUGUUCCUGCUGGAGUGGAGCCGCAAGGAGAAGCUGGAGCCGCCGCUGUACCAGAUGGUGCAACGUUCACAGGAUCGAGGCUUUCAGGCGACUGUGACUGUAGCAGGAAAGAAAUACAGAUCUUCACUGUGGGAGAAGUCAAAGAAGUUUGCGGAGCAGGCAGCUGCCGUCGUCUGCCUGCGAGUCCUGGAGAUCCCAGAGGGUCGGGUCGGCGAGGAGGAGUCCGGCCUGGUCUGCAAGAGGAAGAGGGACGGGAAGACCAACGGCACCGCGGAGCAGGACAGCAGCAAGAAACAACACGUCUCUGCCGAGAAGCAGCCGGAGACGCAGACCCCAAAGACCCCGGUGGUGGCCAAUGGGGACAGCCGUAGAGCAGACACGACUCCAGAGCAGCUGUGAAGUGUUUGUAGGACAGUGGUUCGUUGUCUUUAUGUCACUUCCUGUCUGGAACAUCUGCGACGUCUUAGAACUGAAAACUACAUUUACAUCAGCUGCUGGAUUCUGCCUUUACAUGAACAGACUCUUAACUUAAUUCACAACGGUUUUCAUUUGUACACACUGAGACGUGCUCAGUGUAAACGGUCUCACACCAGAUCCGCUGUGAGAGAUUCACUGGUUUUAACUGGGAUGAAUGAGUUUGAACCAGCAGGCGGCAGCACUGAGCGCUCAGCUCAGGUGUCAUCAUCUCAUGUCAGAGGUUUGAACCUGGUGCCUUAAAGAGGAAGUUUUACUUUACGUUCUGAUGGUUCAUCGUCUUUCUCCUGAUUCAAUCCUUUAGUUUCUUCUGGGAAUGACUGAGGUUGGUUUAAAAGACGUUACAUGUUGUAAACAUGUAGUAAACAUGUGGAGCAGACCCCAGGUGCCAUGUGUUUUUGUUAAUCCUCCUCUCUGUGCUUUUAUUUCUGUAUCUUCCACAUUGUUGGUUUCAUUUUAAAGAAGAAGCUGCUUUUUAUUUUCAUCUUUUUAUUUUGUCUCCUGAAGCUGAUGAAACGCGUGUUGCGUUCAUGCUCCUCCUGACAUGCUGCGUUCAGGCUCCUCCGGCUCGUGUGUCGACGCAGAUAAACGGAUCAAUUAUCUCGAGGUUAAUUAAUCUGAAAGUCCUGAACUGAACCUGAGAGGGAAACGCCCCAUUCUGACGUCACCACCGGGCUGGCUAAUGGGGCGUUCAGGGCCACUGUGGGAAGUACAGCACUCAGGAUACAGGCUGUUGCUCCGUGUGAAGCCGAGUGUUUAAAAGUGUUAUAAAGAUUAUAAAUAACUUUGUUUUUUGUCCAACUUUCAACACGUCCUGGUGUAAACAGACAUGUUCGAGAAGAUGCACAAUAAAUCUUGUUCUCAUGCUGACAAAUAAAGUGACAACAGCUGAAUGAAACCAG